CAAUAUUGACACUGACAGAAAAAUAUAAACAUUUCGUGCAACUUCAUAGGCAGUAAUUAAAAUUGAGUGAAAUAAUCGUACUUUAGACUUUAGUAAAUUAGUAGUUGUUAAGUCAAUAAUAAAGUAAGAUUUAGUGCCAAUUCGGUAGCCAUAUAUCACAGAUAAACUGACUGAAUAUGAUAAACACAGGAAAACUAGCCGGCCGAACUGUUUUCAUAACAGGAGCCAGCCGAGGAAUAGGCAAAGCUAUAGCUCUAAAAGUAGCAAAAGAUGGUGCUAAUGUUGUUGUGGCCGCAAAAACUGCCGAACCACAUCCUAAACUCCCGGGAACUAUUUACACCGCUUGCGAAGAAAUUGAGAAAGCAGGUGGUAAAUGUCUUCCAUGUGUAGUAGACGUAAGAGACGAAAGUGCAGUGAAAAAGGCAGUCGAAGCUGCAGUUAGUAAAUUCGGAGGGAUUGAUAUCGUGGUUAAUAAUGCAUCCGCCAUAUCUUUAACUGGAACUGAAGAUACUGAAAUGAAGAGAUACGACUUGAUGCAUAGUAUUAACACCAGAGGAACGUUCUUAGUGACCAAAGUAUGCCUUCCUUACCUGAAAAAGAGCAAUCACGCCCACGUUUUGAAUCUUUCUCCCCCCCUCAGUAUGAACCCCUUUUGGUUCAAAAAUCACGUAGCCUAUACGAUGGCUAAAUACGGAAUGUCGAUGUGUGUGUUAGGAAUGCAUGAGGAAUUUAAACCAUUUAACAUUGCUGUAAACGCGUUGUGGCCCAGAACAGCUGUUCACACGGCUGCUGUAGAAAUGCUGAGCGGUGAAAGCGCGAAAGAUUUCAGCAGAAAACCAGAAGUAAUGGCCGAUUCGGCUUAUGCUAUAUUAAUUCAAAAUCCUUCAUCGACUACCGGUAACUUCUUCAUCGAUGAAGAUGUGCUCGUGAAGAACGGCGUAACGGAUUUGAAGCAAUACGCUUGUGUCCCCGAAAACGCUGACAAGCUUAUGCCGGAUUUCUUCGUCGAUAGGAACUUGGAGGAAAUUCAAGGAGGCGAAACGAGAAAUAUAACGGAAAAAUCAUCGGCGCAGUCUGCAGCCCCAGAAGGCAAAGUUGCAGGUUUAUUCAAAAAAAUCGAAGCUUCCAUUUCAUCUGAUACAGUCGCCAAGACUCAAGCUGUGUACUCUUUCAACGUAACUGGAGAGGAAGCAGGAAAAUGGUACCUGGAUCUUAAGAAUGGUUCCGGAGUUUGCGGUCAUGGUGAAACGUCAGCAAAAGUAGACGCUAUUCUCACCAUGGACAGCAAGCACUUUUUCGACAUGUUUUCGGGAAAACUGAAGCCUGCCACGGCUUACAUGACUGGCAAACUGAAAAUCAAAGGUGACCUUACUAAGGCGUUGAAAUUAGAGAAGCUCAUGUCCAGCCUCAAGGCGAAAUUAUGAGAGAUAUUUUCGUUAAGUUUUGAAUCAUGUUUUUGGUAAUGCUUCAUAUUUUAUUAAGGGGAAAUAAUUUUUAUACAAUAUACAUGUAAUUGAAGAUUAAAGUAUUUCAUAUUAUAAUAUUUUAUCAUGUGUU